CCAGGUGGACCCGGUCCUCGAGUGGAAGCGGCCGACCGGCCACCGGAGGCUCUGUCGCGGUCGCGGGAAUCUGCGCGUUGGCACCCGCUGGUUGUGCUCUGCCCACCUUCUCCUCGUCUUGCUUUGCGUCAGCAUGAAGGACUCGCUGGUCCUGCUGGGCCGUGUUCCGGCGCACCCGGACUCGCGCUGCUGGUUCCUGGCCUGGAACCCCGCAGGAACUCUGCUGGCCUCAUGCGGGGGCGACCGCAGAGUCCGCAUCUGGGGCACCGAGGGUGACAACUGGGUCUGCAAAUCUGUCCUUUCUGAAGGCCACCAACGCACUGUGCGAAAGGUGGCUUGGUCUCCCUGUGGCAAUUACUUGGCCUCUGCCAGCUUUGAUGCUACCACUUGCAUUUGGAAGAAGAAUCAGGAUGACUUUGAGUGUGUGACCACUCUGGAAGGCCAUGAAAAUGAAGUCAAGUCAGUGGCCUGGGCCCCAUCUGGCAACCUCCUUGCUACCUGCAGCCGAGAUAAGAGUGUGUGGGUCUGGGAAGUUGAUGAAGAAGAUGAGUAUGAAUGUGUCAGUGUCCUCAACUCCCAUACACAGGAUGUCAAGCAUGUGGUCUGGCACCCAAGCCAGGAGCUAUUAGCUUCUGCCAGCUAUGAUGACACAGUGAAGCUCUACCGGGAGGAAGAGGAUGACUGGGUAUGCUGUGCCACCCUUGAGGGCCACGAAUCCACCGUAUGGAGCUUGGCCUUUGACCCUAGUGGCCAGCGUCUAGCGUCUUGCAGUGAUGACCGUACCGUGCGCAUCUGGCACCAGUAUCUACCAGGCAAUGAGCAAGGGGUGGCAUGCAGCAGCUCUGAUCCCAGCUGGAAAUGUGUCUGCACUUUGUCAGGCUUCCACUCCAGGACCAUUUAUGACAUCGCUUGGUGUUCGCUGACAGGGGCACUGGCUACAGCUUGUGGGGACGAUGCCAUCCGAGUGUUUGAAGAGGACCCUGGCUCAGAUCCACAACAGCCCACCUUCUCUCUGACAGCCCACUUGCCUCAGGCGCAUUCCCAGGAUGUCAACUGUGUGGCCUGGAACCCCAAGGAACGGGGGCUCCUGGCCUCGUGCAGUGAUGAUGGGGAGGUGGCCUUCUGGAAGUAUCAGCGGCCAGAAGGCGUCUGAGCCACCUCUACUUUGGACAGAACCAUGGUUUCCCAGAAAAUGUCGUAAGACUUUUCCUAGCCCAAGUGGACCUGAAGGAGCAGCCUGACCUUCGUUUAACUUGGCUGUCUUCCAGUCAGACCUGGGUGGGCUUGCAGGGCCACAGAGUCUUCUGUUUCUCUCCUUUGCCAUGGGGCCCUUUAUGAACAACUACAGAACAGCAGUUCCUUGUAGUUAUGCCACAGAUUUUGCUUCCCUUUAGCUCACACUGUUAAAGUUGGGGUGGGGUACUACUUAUAACCACCAUAUCCAUGUGUAGGAGGGUUGUAUCUCAGACCUUUCUGAAAUUGUCAGCCUUAGAGGAUUAAUCCGAGUCCCAAGUCCUAUUUAUAUAGUUAGCACAUUCACAAUUUAAAACAUUUCCAUAACGGGUUCUUUUCUGAAAUAGGUCCUGCCUUCCUGAUUUCCAAGGCUUUGCAUUUAAGGCAUUUGAUAAAUAUUAAAGGAAAAAUACUUUUAGUGUAGACUAAAGACACCUCUGCUUUCCCUUAAAAACCCUCAUGUAUCUUAUGUCCCUGCGGGGAAUGCCAAAAAAAUAAACGAGGAAGGGUGUGAACCCUAAAAGGUAGAGUUGUUACUGAUCACAGGCCAUACACUCUCAAUGAGGCUGAAAAUUGGUUCUUGGGUGGAAGACAAAAAAACCUUAGAGACAAUACCUUGUAGUCAUCUAAGGGACCACAGUACACAACACACAGUAUAUCUGUGGUAUUAAAUUUUCAUGGUGAGGGCAAGUAGGAAAAAGAUAACUGAUACAGCUCCUUAAGAAAAAAAUGAAAAAAGGUAGAGAAUUACUGCCAUAGGCGAUCCCUUCUGCCAUCUCAUCACACUCAAGUUGUCUUGUCACCUGAUAAGGGUUUUGGCUUGAACUGUUCCCCAAAGCUACAUCUUUCAUUAAUUUUUUAUACCACAGAUAUAAUGACCAUAGACUCAAGAGACAGGUGCAGCAAUACCAAAAGCCAUGUUUCUCAAAUGAACUCUGCAGAUCGGAUCUGCAGAGUUUGAGUGCCUAGGGGUUAGAGAGUCUUAGAGGUGAGCUGUUGCCAUAUUGGCAGGAGCCAUGGCAGUGGCAACUAGUAGUGGUGGUCUUUACUGCCUUGCUCACAGCAAAAGUACUGCCUACUUCACUUAGAAAUAUCUUUUGAGAACCAGUACAAAUUAAUUGUAUAAAAUCUCGACACUUGGGAACACUGCCAUGUCCUGUGACAAUGGCAGCAUGCAGACAGCACAAUGAAGUGAGUCUUAAGGAAAAGUAGUUGUGUAGUUAAACUGCAAGCUGAAUGAGCUAUGUACCAUUUUUACUUGUAGCAAAUUACAGCAUCAAAACUUCACUACUUGGAAGAUGAUUUCUGUGAAAUGAAUGAAUCACUUCAAGGGCAACUGAUGGCAUUGCCAAUGAUCAAGCAUUGAAGCAAAAAUCAGAAUUUUGGAAAACUUGGAUAACCACAAGCUUGACAUCUUUACAGUACACUCAUACCUCCAUACUCCUCAGCUUCAGAACUCGUCAAACCCCAUGCUCAUCAUUUUGACCAGAAAAAUUGUUUUGGCACUCAGCACUUGCUAAAACUCGUAUCAGUCACCAUGCCGCCUGGCAAGAGAAAAUGCUUCAUUGUUUGGUAUGAGUUUUUGCAUUCAUCAGGAGUUCCAGAACAAAUUAAUGACGUGUAUUGAGAUACCACUGUACUUACGAUUCUUCUGAUGAGAUUGGUGAUACUAACAAAUGCAGUUUGUAUGAUGAAAUGUGUCAACAUUUGGAAGAUCUGCAUGAUUCAGUCAAUCAGCAUUUUCCAAAUGAUUAAAGUGUGAUGUUACAAAAUCAUGGGUAAGAGGUAAGAGACGCGUGCUCUUAAUGUAAUGGUAUAGGAAGCUCAUUGAUAAGGUUUGAUUUCACAUUGCACUUAUGAAACUAUCACUUGUGGAGUCUCAGUCUAGCAUCAAAGAGCCAGUUUCUAAGGCUAUUAAAAACUCCAAUUGUAUGCGAAAAUCAGUUUUACUUCAACUUAAGUAAUACACAAUUGUAGAAGUUAACUACAAGAAUCUGUCUUCUUUUAAAUCAGGAGUGAGAUACAUAAAAAUG